CCACCCAAGGACUACAAACUAAAGAUGAUGAAAUUGAAGUCAAAGAGACUCCACAGGACUCUUUCCAAGUUUCUUGGUGGUGGCGAUGACAGUAGCAACAAUGAUAACAAAGAGCGUGGUGGCACCAUCGUUAGAGAAAUCAACUGGGAAUUGAGGCCUGGUGGGAUGCUUGUCCAAAAGAGAGAGAUGGAGGGCCAAAACAUUGAAAAAGAAGGAUUUAUAUUGGUUAGAGUUGCGGCAGGUUCACGAUGGCAUGACAUAUCCAUUCAAUCAACGUCAACAUUUGGAGAAAUGAAGAUUAUAUUAUCAAUGGUGACCGGCAUGGAGCCAAAGGAGCAAAGGGUAUUGUUCAAAGGGAAGGAGAGAGAGGAUGUGGAACACCUACACAUGGUUGGAGUUGGAGACAAAGACAAGGUUCUAAUGUUGGAAGAUCCAUCCAUCAAGGAUAGGAAACUUCAUGGAUUAUUAGCUACCACAAAUGACAGUGGAGCUUCUAAUCAUGCAAUUAGUGUGUAAUACCACUAAUUAAUAAAAAAAAAACAAAACCCUAGUUAAGGGUGAUACUAAUGUCAUGUUGAUGAUUGAUCGAAGUUGUUUUUUGGUAUUCAUUUGGUCAAUCUAAAUCAAUACAA